AUGGGUAUCGAUUUAGUCGCCGGCGGCAAAAGAAAGAAAACCAAGCGCACUGCGCCAAGAUCUGAUGAUAUUUACCUCAAGCUCCUUGUCAAGCUAUACCGAUUUCUGGUUCGAAGAACCGGAAGCAAAUUCAAUGCGGUGAUACUGAAGCGGCUCUUCAUGAGCAAGAUCAACAAGCCUCCGAUGUCUCUCUCCAGGUUGAUUCGAUUUAUGCAAGGAAAGGAGGACAAGAUAGCUGUGAUUGUUGGGACUGUGACUGAUGAUAUUAGGGCUUAUGAGGUGCCGGCAUUGAAAGUGACUGCUUUGAGGUUCACGGAGAGGGCGAGAGCCAGAAUCGAGAAGGCAGGUGGAGAGUGUCUGACUUUUGAUCAGUUGGCUCUCAGAGCUCCUCUUGGUCAGAACACGAUUUUACUCAGAGGUCCAAAGAAUGCCCGUGAAGCAGUGAAACAUUUUGGCAAAGCUCCUGGUGUGCCCCACAGCCACACCAAACCAUAUGUUCGGUCAAAGGGAAGGAAAUUUGAGAGAGCCAGAGGAAAAAGGAACAGCAGAGGAUUUAGGGUUUGA